AUGAUACAGAAUAAUGAGUUGAAUUGCAAACACUUCGAUUUAUUUUCUUAUGAAGAUCCUGAAUUAUGCGAGGAGGAAGAUUUGUUUGAGUCUAACCAGGCACCUUGGUUUUAUCACCUAACACACUUGCUAGAAUUGAGAAAGGAUGACUUCAAAAAUAUAAAAAGUAUCGUGGAAAAUGAGAAAAAGAGAGGAAUCGAGUACAGUCAUAUAUUAGACAUAAUAGACUACCAAACGUAUAGUGACAUCAUGCGAAAAAUAAAUUCCAACAUGAGAAAUGCCUUAUCUGUUUACUUAUUUUCUUGCAAAUAUUUUUUAAGUAAAUACUCCAAAAACACGGAAUCCAACGGGCAUGUGCAUUUUGUCUUUGUGUUUGGGAACAUUACGGCAGAUUUGGAUUCAGUUUGUUCGUCCAUCAUAUAUAGUUUUUUUUUGCACAUAUGGUAUUCCUUAAAGAGCAAAACUGCCAAAGAGAAGAAUUCAGAUGUGCUGAAAUUUUUUAUCCCCGUGAUUAACAUUAAGAGGAGUGACAUGAAGCUUAAAAUUUUGAUCAAUUGGUGGCUAGAAAAAUGUGAGAUAAACAACCCGGAGGAAAUCCUAGUCUUUAAUGAUGACAAGAAUUUGCUAGAAGUUCUAAAAAACGACAACAAGUACGACAUAUGCUUCGUUGAUUUUAAUGACUUCGAGCCGAAUAACUUGUACAACAUAAACAACGUGAAAUCCAUAAUUGAUCACCAUAUGCUUAAGGAAGAGGCGAAAAAUAAAAGAAUAACAAAAUCGAUUUACCCCAUUUAUGUGUGCAGCUGCAUGGUUAUCAUAGCCUAUUUGUAUAAGCAUUCGAGCGAAUUUCUUGGGAUACCUUUCAUUAACAAAAAUAUGAUGUGGCUGAUAUAUGGGACUAUACUAAGGGGUUAUUUAAAAAAAUUGCAAAAUUUGACUUAAAUGGACAUAUACAUUACGUACAGUUUUAACAUUAUGAGAUUUUCUAUAAACUUAAAAAAAUUUGGAAUAGAAAACCUUUUGUUUGCCGAUUACAAAGACUAUAAUUAUGAGAUUUUAAAGAAAAAAAUAAAAAUGAGAAUUGCGUCCAUAGAUUUUAGUAUAGAUUUGCUAUUUUCCAAUGAGGAUGUUAACCGUUUGGUUCAUAAAUUACAUGAGUUGUGUGCUGAAAACAACUUUUCCAUUUUUAUAUUAAUCGGAUCUUAUUUAAAUAAUUAUAGUAAUACAGGAAAUGUUGAAAAGGUUGAAAUGGGUAUAGAGUGA